UCACUCCCGGAAAUCGGGUCAGGAGCAAGGGUGUAACCAGCUCGCCAAAGGAAGGCGGCUCACCCUCUCUCACGGGCUUCCUGGUUCUACUUCCGAGGUCAGAGGCUGAGCGAGGGCUUGAAGAAAAGACACACCGAUCAGGAUGCUGAUCAAAGUGAAGACGCUAACUGGGAAGGAGAUUGAGAUUGACAUCGAACCCACAGACAAGGUGGAACGAAUAAAGGAGCGAGUGGAAGAGAAAGAAGGGAUCCCACCUCAACAACAGCGACUUAUCUAUAGUGGCAAGCAAAUGAACGAUGAAAAAACUGCGGCAGACUACAAGAUCCAAGGUGGAUCCGUUCUCCAUUUGGUGCUGGCGCUGCGCGGAGGAGGCCUGCGAUGAUGGAGCCUUUCCAAUCCCCACCUUCUCCUCUGGAGCACCCCUCUCCCCUCCCCACAAAGGACAGAUCGAGAUGUGGGAAGCCGUAAGAACGAAUUGGCCUGCACUCCUACUGUCCUUUCCCCCUCCGACUUCCAGGAAGAAUGGCCGCUGCCUCCUGGGCCUCCCGCAAGCCGUUGUUUAAGGGAGGCGAUACGUACGGAGGGGAGGCUGCCUUCAGUUAACGCAAUGGGGUCAGGCCUCCCUGUGGGGCUUAAUUUCUCCAGCUGCAUUUCCACCUCAGCGACUUCUUCAACGCUGCUUGCUUCAUGGCGGUUAAGGUUUCUUUUCUCCCCUCCUCUGCACCCUUGUUCUAGUGUCUCCUCCCCUCUGUUGGAAUGGCUGAGUGUUUAAUAAAGGUGUUACACAACCGUC